UGACAAAUCUUUGGCCAAUAUCUCUUUCUGCAUUUGAAUUAUCAAACAAUAAUAGUAGUAAUACAACUACUUUUAAUUAUUAUAUGAAUCUAGCUUACAAUUUAGUUUCUUCCUCUAAUUCUUGGUACUGAUACAACCUCCAAUGCAUAAUUUCUGUUGAGUAAUCAUACUUUCAAUUCAUAAAUUAUGAUUUUUUGUUGGAACACCCAGAAUUUUUUAUAGCUUCCCAAUUCAUUUUAAUGGCCAAACUUUUUGGUGUGUUGAUAAUUUUUCUGGGUUUUCUUCUUUAUCCAUUACACUCCAGAGUACAUGAAAAUGAAGUGGUUGCUCUCCAAGAAAUAUUUCAAAUAUUGGGUGCCAAGUACUGGAAGUUUGAUAAUGUCUCUUGUCAAGUUGAAUUGGCUGGAGCAACACCACAGUCACCAUUGGAUGCUGAAAGUGAAAUUAGCUGUGAUUGUCAUCAGGAGAACAACACUUGUCAUGUUGUAAGAAUAUUUCUCAAACGUUACAGUCUUCCUGGAGUGCUUCCACGUGAAUUGGUGAAGCUUCCUUAUCUUCGGGAAGUUGAUUUUGCCUAUAAUUAUCUAUCAGGAGGAAUACCUGUGGAAUGGGCUUCACUGCAAUUAGAAUACAUCUCUCUUCUUUCAAACCGGUUGUCUGGAGAAAUCCCCAAGGAGCUGGGAAAAAUUGGCAGCCUCACUACCUUGAGUCUUGAGGCCAACCAAUUUAGUGGUAAACUUCCUGAUGAACUUGGGGAAUUAGUUAACUUGAAGACACUAGUGCUGUCGUCAAAUGAUUUAAGAGGAACACUACCUCGAACUUUUGCUGGCCUGACAAACUUAUCAGAUCUUCGGAUUAACGAUAAUAACUUUAAUGGGAUAAUACCGCAUUAUAUAGAAAAUUGGAAACAGCUUCAAAGACUGGAAAUGCAUGCAAGUGGACUUCAAGGGCCUAUUCCGUCUUCAAUAUCUUUCUUGGAUGGACUAACUGAAUUGAGAAUCAGCGACAUCAAUGGAUCUAUUCAGAAUUUUCCGGAUUUGAGGAAUAUGACUGGCCUAGUAAGACUUGUGCUGAGGAACUGUAGCAUUGCUGGAGAGCUUCCUGUGUAUUUGUGGGAUAUAACGAGUUUAAAAAUGAUUGAUGUUAGCUUGAACAAUUUAGUGGGUGAAAUUCCAAAUGACAUCAAUGUUAAGAACGUGAAGUUUAUAUUUUUGACAGGUAACACGCUUAGUGGAAACGUACCUUCUUCUUUAUUGCAAGAUGGAAGGAACAUUGAUCUUUCCUACAAUAAUUUCACUUGGCAAAGUCCUGAGCAGCCCUCGUGUAGAAAAAACAUGAACUUGAACUUAAAUUUGUUCCGGAGCUCUUCUACUGGUGUCAGUUUAAAAGGACUGCUCCCUUGCUCAAAUAGUAUUGAUUGUCCACGAUAUGGCUGCUCUUUGCAUGUUAAUUGCGGUGGAGAUGAUUUUGUAGCAGAGGAUGAAGACAGAAAAGUUGUCUAUGAAGGAGAUGGAGGUGUUGGAGGUGGUGUUGCCACAUAUUAUAUGAGCAGUAAAAACAACUGGGGAUUUAGUGCCACUGGUGAUUUCAUGGAUGAUGAUGAUUUGCAGAGUAUACGUCAUACUAAGUAUUUACCUGGAAGUAAUUUAUCUGAUCUGUAUGCCACAGCACGUAUUUCCCCAGUAACACUUACUUAUUUUACUUACUGCCUGGAGAAUGGAAAUUAUACUGUUAAAUUACACUUUGCUGAGAUUCAGUUCACAAACAACAAAACAUAUUACAGUCUUGGAAGGCGGUUCUUUGAUAUUUACAUUCAGGACAAAUUAGUGCAGAAAGAUUUCAACAUUGAAGAUAAGGCUCAUGGUGCUCAAAAGCCAACAGUCAUAGUGUUUAAUUCUAGCGUGACAGAUAAUAUUUUGGAGAUCCGACUAAACUGGGCUGGUAAAGGGACAACAAGGAUUCCGACCAGAGGAGUUUAUGGACCCCUCAUUUCAGCUAUUUCUGUCAAUCCUGUUUCCAGACAAUGCUCAAGUGGCAGAAGCCAAUCAAGCCAUAGGAUUAUUUAUAUCACUCUAGGAAUCGUCUCCUUUUUCUUUCUGAUCUUGGCUGUGCUUAUUUUAUGGUGGAAAGGCUGCUUCAGAGUCAGGACAAAGAGCGAUGAUCUUGGUGGACUGCAAAUACAAGGUGGUGGGUAUACAUUGAAACAAAUCAGAACUGCCACCAAUAACUUCAAUCCCUCAAACAAAAUAGGUGAAGGUGGUUUUGGACCUGUUUACAAGGGUUUGAUGCACGAUGGCACUGUUAUAGCAGUAAAGCAGCUUUCCUCCAAAUCCAAGCAGGGGAAUCAUGAAUUUCUCAAUGAGAUUGGCAUGAUUUCUUGUCUUCAGCACACCAAUCUUGUUAAGCUUCAUGGAUUUUGCAUUGAAGGGGAUCAGUUAUUGUUAGUAUAUGAAUACAUGGAAAACAAUUGUCUGGCACGUGCUUUGUUCGGUCAUGAACAAAGCCAGAUUUUUCUGGACUGGGAAAAAAGAGUCAAAAUAUGCCUCGGAAUCUCCAGAGGUUUAGCAUUUCUCCACGAGGAUUCAAGACUCAAGAUUGUUCACAGGGAUAUUAAAGCUACUAAUGUACUGCUGGACAGAGAGCUGAAUCCCAAAAUUUCUGACUUUGGAUUGGCUAGGCUUGGCGAGGAUGAAAAGACUCAUGUUAGCACCCGAGUAGCAGGAACGAUUGGAUAUAUGGCGCCAGAAUACGCAAUUUGGGGUCACCUAAGUUAUAAGGUUGAUGUUUAUAGUUUUGGAAUCGUCACUUUGGAAAUUAUCAGUGGAAGGAGCAAUAGCUACUAUGUGCCAUCUACUGACUUCUUUUGUCUUCUAGAUUGGGCAUGUCAUUUGCGGACAAGUGGUAACUAUGUAGAACUUGUUGAUCAAAGGUUGGGAUGUAAUUAUAACAUAGAAGAAGCAGAAACUAUGGUGAAUGUGGCUCUCCUGUGCACCAGUGCUGCAGCUUCUGAAAGACCUACUAUGUCUGAGGUGGUGAAAAUGCUCGAAGGUGAAAUGGCAGUCCCAGAUGUGGUUCCUGACUUCCAAGCAUAUACUAAUGAUGUAAGAUUUAAAAGCAUAAGAGGUAAACAUCCUCACAGAGAAGCCGAGAAUGUUGGUGGUAGGCAAUCUGAGAUUUCAACAACGAUGCAUACAGAAACUUUAUCAUCCUCUACAUCCAGUCAACGCGUACAUUGACAUAGCCUCUAACAGAAACUCCUCAUGACAAUUAUUUUCCUCAGCAUUUUGGUAUGUGUAUGUAUCAUCUGUUCGAAAAUAUGUUAAAAGUGCGCCCUGUUGACCAUGGGGUGCUGUUGUACUGAAGCCUGAACGCAAGUUCUUGAUGCCUUGGUGCCCCUCUAUCUCUAAUUAUUAUGUUCAUGUAGAGUUUAGACACCCAAGAGUUAAUGACUCACAUUGUAAAGGGCAAUUGUUGUAUGUAAUAGUUAAUACGACCGAUGUUCUCGUUCAUAACUCAAAAGAUUUGGUAACCCAAAAGGGUCAACCAAAGAAUAAUAUGUACACAAUUAAAAUAUUAGGGCAUUUGUUCCAAAGUAUAAAGUAUUAUUUAAAAACAAUUAUAUUCAAAA